CUGCUCACAAAACUGUCCAAAUGUACGACUAAAUAGGUUUUCUCUUGCAUCUGUACUUCUGACAUACCUCAACACUGACAAGUUCCCUUCCACUUACCUUGUACUUAUAGGUCAGAACCAUAUGAUCCCUAUAUUCCCAACUCACAGCGUCCCGGCGGUGCCAAUGCUGCCCCGGGUACUGCUGGCAAUGCCAAGACUGCUCGAGUUCAACAACAGGUAGACGAAGUUGUUAACAUCAUGCAAGACAACAUUGACAAGGUCAUGCAACGUGGUGAAAGAUUAGAUGAUCUUCGCGGCAAGACUGAGGAUUUGCAAGCAACGGCAGGUCACUUCCGUAGAGGUGCUAACCAAGUGCGAAAGCGCAUGUGGUGGAAGGAUCUGAAGUGGAAGAUUAUUAUCGGUGUCACUAUCCUAGUUAUCCUUGCCAUCAUUAUUGGAUCUAUUGUUGGUACUCAGAAACAUUAAAUAAGGCCAUGGUGGAAGAGAAAUUCCGAUAUGCUUUAUGAUAAUUUGAAUUUAUGCUACUUAUGAGUGGCA